AUGAGAGAGAUUGGCGGUAGAGUUUUGGUCAUUGCCGGCUCCGAUUGCUCCGGCGGCGCGUUCGUUUCCCCUUCUACGCUAUUUGGCCUAGAGGCAGACCAAAAGACAAUUGCCGCUCAUGGCUGCUACGCAAUGGCAGCCACCACGGCCUUGACCGUGCAGGACACCACGGCUGUGUAUGAUAUACACCCCGUUCCGUCCCAGUUCGUUGCCAAGCAGAUCGAUGUCUGCCUCAAGGACAUUGGUGCGGACGCUGUGAAGAUUGGCAUGCUCGCGUCGGAAGAGACGGCCAGAGCUGUGGCCGAAGUGCUCAAAUCGCACCAUGUGAAAAGCAUCGUUCUAGACCCUGUCAUGAUUUCCACAAGUGGAAGCCAGCUCCUCCCCAAUGAAGCCGUCAGAGCUGUCGCCGAUACUCUCCUCCCCCAGGCCACCAUCAUCACGCCCAACAUCCCGGAAGCAAAGCUUCUCGCCGAGAUUGCCCGCGACGCGGAAGCGCCCACGGAGAUACAAAGCAUCAGAGACCUCGAGCAAAUGGCGGAGCGGAUCCGGUCGCUCGGGCCCAAAUGGGUGCUUCUCAAGGGCGGCCAUCUGCCCCUCACCAAGGACCUCGCCGUCGCCGAACCGGGUGUGCAAGGAAAGGAGCCGGAAUACGUGGUCGACAUCCUCUGCGGCGAAGGGCAGAUGAUCCACAUCAAAAGCCUUUACCAGCAGUCGCAGAAUACGCACGGCACCGGGUGCACUCUUGCGUCUGCCAUCGCGUCGAAUCUUGCGAAACAAAAGGACAUUCCAAGCGCGGUGAGGUCCGCCUGUCGCUUUAUUCAGCCCGCCAUUGCGACGGCCCCCGGAUACGGCAAGGGUCAUGGCCCUUUGAACCACUUCCAUAGCUCGUUUCAGCUCCCGUUCUCCCGCGGCUACUUCAUCGAACAUCUCCUAUCUCGUGAGGAUGUGAAGCCUGUCUGGGACCGCUUUGUCCACCACCCCUUUGUCAUGGGUCUUGGGGAUGGCUCCCUUCCUCUCGAGUCGUUCAAAGGGUACAUCAUCCAGGAUUACCUGUAUCUGAUUCACUUUGCGCGAGCGCAUGCCUUGGCUGCCUAUAAAGCCACAAACAUGAAAAAGAUAUCUCGAUCCAAUGAGAUAGUUGCCCAUAUCUUCCGAGAGAGCACCCUCCACAUCGACUACUGCAAAUCUUUUGGAAUCUCUGUCGAGGAGAUCGAAAGGACACCGGAAAAACAGGCCUGCACAGCCUACACCCGGUUCCUUCUCGAUGUCGGGCAUAGUCAGGACCUUCUCGCCCUCCAAGUGGCUUUAGCCCCGUGCACACUCGGUUACGGCGCCGUUGCGCAGAUGCUGUACCACCACCCCAAUACCAAGAAGGAUGCCAAGGAUAACAUCUAUUGGAAUUGGAUCGAGAAUUACGUUGCAGAAGACUACCGCGAGGCGGUACAACUUGCAUCGGAACAACUCGAAGAUGAAAUCGGCCGCCAGACUCCGGAACGGAUUGAAGAGCUCGUUCAGAUAUUUAUCCAGGGAACAGAGCUUGAAAUUGGCUUCUGGGAGAUGUUUCCUAGUGCAUGA